AUGACCACUACAAAUACUUCGAGUAACAAUGCUGAUAAUCAAAAAUAUGAAGAAGGCGUACGUCAAGCAAAUGAAGCAUUACGUGAUUUGAUGGAACUUGUUAACAUGCCCGAUUUUGAAGAUCAUGAUGGUUGGAAGCAAAAAAUUGCGCAUAAAAAUGAUAUUGUUUAUUCAAAACGCUAUAAAAUGGGAAAAAUUUUCACAAUGCGGACUAUCUUUAAUUUUCCCUUACAACAAGCAUUUGUGGAACAUUGGGAAAAUUUUGUCGAUAUUUCCCAUAGCAAUAAAAAUAUCUCAAAUGUGAAGAUUGUUGCUGAUCUAUCAUCCAAUACAGAUAUUGUUUAUUAUGCUAUCAAUGAUAUUUCAAGCAUCAAAGGACGUGAAUUUUUGAUGUGUCGCACAUUUCGUCGUAUUGAUAACGAAAUUAUCGAAGCUGCUCGGAGCUUUGAUCUCCCUGAUUUUGAAUAUAAUCCGCAGAAAAUACGUGGACAUAUUAUACUUGGUGGUGGACGUUUUCGAAUUCAUCCCAAAGAUUCCACAAAAACAAUCGUCGACUAUGUGAUGUGCGUGGAUUUUAAAGGCCCAGAUAUACCAAAAGUAAUUAUGGAUGCAACGUUAAGCAUGCUAAUUAUACAAGAUGCCGAAUCGAUACGAAAACAAAUCGAAAAGCUUAGACGUGAAGCUACAUGA